AGGAAUGAAAAAUAUUGAUGGAGAAUCGAUUCUUGAUUAUUCGAUUUUUUUUUACUGAUCACAACAUUAGUAGUAUGCAAGUUACUGUAAUGUGCAAAUUACUUUUGACAAUUGCUUUCUUUUAGAAAGUUCAAAUCAAAAUUUUUCACAAUGCAUCUCGAUUAGAACCUUGCUGUCAUCAAUAUGGACAUAAACAAUGUAGAAACAUAUGACGAGGACGUAAACGAUCAACCAGUUGAUUACAGUAAGAAAUAUAUUGAGAGAAAUGCUCCGACACAAAAUGAACACUUGGCUGACGAAUCACAAGCAAGCCACGCUUCGAAAAAGGAAUUCAACAAGCGUAACAACAAGGUGGACUUAUUUGGUGAUUAUGCCGAAACCGAUCUUGAUCAGCCUACAGAUUAUAGCUUGCGAUACGCCGAGGAUGACACUGAUGAGGAGGAGAAACAGAACGCCGAAUACUUUCCUGGCAGUGAACAAGAGGAUACCAUCAAGACUUAUUGUACAGAGGGAACGCCCUAUGAAACUCCUUUUAACUUCUCCACAGCUACCUCCAUGUCAGAUCUCCGAGUUGAAGAUAUAAAGGAGCAUGUACUUGUGAAGAAGAUAUCAAAAAAGACGAUUCAAGAAACCAGCAAAAUACCUGUGUCUUUUAUCAAACAGACUGAAACACUUAGUUGCAAUGAGCAAGAUGGUCUAAUAACAAAAGAACUUGAAGAAGAGAACUCAAAGGAUACUGCAGGUCUCAAUCCUGGACAAGUAACUCCAGAGAAGAUAGUAAGUUAUUAUGAGGAGGAGGAGGUGGAAACGUCCCAUAGCUUUUCACGUGCUAAUUCGCUUAGUUCUUUAAGUAGUGCAAUGACUCCUCAGAAUAACAUUACGCGAGUUAUAUCAAAAGAAGAUUUAAAUAAUUCUUCUGUAAAUAAGGAAGAAUUGGAAAAUGAUGUUCACAAUGUUGUGGGAUUGAAUAGCAAUCAAAUCGAAUUGUCAUCAGUGAGCAACAAUUCUUUUGAGAACAAGAAUAAUCCACGUGUACUAGAUAAAGAAGGGAAAAUGGUAACAUUUGGUGGCCAAGAUUACUAUGCAGAAGAAACCCCUCUAAUGUUUUCGCGCUGUAGUUCACUUGGUUCAUUGAGUGGUUUUGAGCAAUAUUCCAUCCAUGAUGAUCGUAGUUCUGUGAUCAGUGAUUUUAGCCGUAGGACCAGUGGCGUAGUCUCACCCAGUGAGUUGCCUGACUCUCCCACACAAACAGUUUUACCAAGUCCACGAAAUCACAAAACCCACAAUACAGAAUUUGUAUCAAAAAUACAAGAAGAAGCAGUAAGACCAUCAGUCCAAUACUUAUUAUUUUCUAAACCGCAUGUCACAAGGAACAGUGUUUUUGAAGAUGACAUUGCUACUUUUAAGGAAGAAUCAACACCAAUUGAAUUUUCUAGUGCGACCAGUCUGAGCUCUCUUACAAUAGAUGAUGAAAUUAAAAUACCUAAUGAUACUAAUAAAAUAUAUUGUAAAGUAGAAGGAAUACUUGAUACAAAUGAAAAAGAUACAGUUCAUAUACUUGAAAAAGAUAUGUUUAAUAUGAAAAUAAAUAGCUCAGAAAGUGAUGUGAAAGAGGAACAAGUAAGUGAUGGUGAUGAAGAUGAUGAGGAUAUGUUGGCUGCCUGUAUUAAUAUGGGAAUGCAAACUAAUAGAUAUAGACAGUCUCUGAACGUUCAGAAAUCUGUUCAACCAGAAUCUCCAAACAUCUUAAUGCCAUAUCAGAGAAAUUCUAUUCCAAGAUUGGAAUCACAUGUGACUCCUAUUAAAACGUCUGUUGGUACUUCAAAAAAUAGAACUGUGAUGGAGAUUGUUACUUCAGACACCGUACAUGUAUAUUGCACCGAGGAUACACCUGCAGAUAUCUCUCCAGUAGGAUCUCAAUCCAAUCUGUCUGCGCUCUCAAUACCAAGUGUACAGGAGGACAUAGAAAAGAAUGUGUGUGAACAAAACAAAUCAGUCGAGAUUGAUUGUCACAGAAAUGACUUGUCCGACGAAAAUUCCAAUCUUUCAGGCGAAGAUGAGAAAAUAUUAGAUGAAUGCAUUCAAUCAGGCAUACCUAAGGCGAGACAAAUAAUUCCUCUUCCAAAUGGCAUUCUGUUUGUUAAAAAAUCUGAAACACUUUCGCACAAGUUUAACAUAUGUGGCACACCGUCGUCUUCACCCGUUGAGACAAAUCAUGGAAAUAAAAAUUCCAUGUUGAGUCCUAAAUCAUCGGAUAGCGCAUCAUUGAGACAUCCAGAUGAAUUUUCAGAUGAUAGUGUGAAUCAUUCAGAUGACGAUGCAAUUUUGACGGAAUGUAUACAAUCUGCAAUGCCAAAGGCAAGAUUCAAUUUAUCACCGUCAAUUAGAUCGCCGUUAGCACAAACUACGGAAAAUCUUACAACGAAUAUGCAGUCGUCUCCCACUUCAUCAACAUUUUUUCAGCCAAGAUGUAUGGAACAAAAAAAAAGUAUAGUGAAAAAGUUUUUAUCCUUCGAAGAUAAUGGACUUUCUGAAGAAGAAGAAGAAGAAGAUAUGUUAGCACAAUGUAUUAGAUCUGGUAUGCCAAAAGCAUUAAAUUCUAUGCCAUCUACAGUAAUGACAACCAAAACAUCUGGAUCAUCUUUGAAAGGCGCAGACAAUUUUUCCAUCCCUUCAGUUUCAUAUUUUGCGAAUAAAUCUCAUUCUCCCAGGAAUGCCGCGCUGUGUUCACCGUCGUACAAAUCUGCGAACAUCAACACAACGGAUAUGCGUUUCACGAGAAACGUAUCCGGCAAUUUUAACUACUUCCCCGGGAAAGUAACAAGCAGUAAUAUAGCACAAACCUCCGGUCAGACAUUAAAAAAUUGUGAUAACGGUACGCGCGAAAGGAUAAACAAUUCGCCGCAUUGUGCUCGAAGAUCGCCGCUUCGUCAUACAGAGAAUCAAAACGGUAAUUUCGGUAAUUUGUGUAUGCCCUUGCAAUCUCGCGACGUAAAAUGCAUGCCGAUUUAUAAUAGGAUUCAAAACAACGACGAUUAUACGUAUAAAAACAACACAGUGAAAUCUAACACGAUGCCUUCGCGGCACAGCUCAGUGAGUUCUCUCAGUGAAGAAGGUUCAUUGAUUUCUACGGAAGAAUGGGCCCUACUAGAAUUGUGCAUUACUUCUGGUAUGCCUAGAAACAAGUGUGUUAAAGGAACUAAACCUAAUGAAAAUGCAAUCUCCAAUGGCCACGAGGACUGCGAGUCAAUACCGGAGGACAAUUAUUCAGUGUGCAGUUACAAUUCUUAUGUUUGUAAGAUAUAACAUACAGGUAUCGCAUUUAUCAGAGUUUUUCUUUCGUUUUCUUUCUGGCAAUUUGUACAUACAAUAUUUAA